AUUUGUCGCUAUUCCGAACGCACCCGCGCCGUGCGCCGACUCGCUCGUUCUGUAGAAAGAGAAGUUCGUGCUCCGUCUCCUCUUUCACCUGCAUUUUGCCAAUAAUUUUGUUUCGUUCAGUCAGUCAACUUCCGACAUUUCUUCUUUGUGGUUGUGCCCGAAGUCGUCUUUCAAAACUCAGUGGGAAUAAAAUUCUCUAUUUAUCAAUCAAAAAUAAAGGGAAUAAUCUGUCGCUAUGGCUGAAAAGGAAAUAAUAUCAAGUAACCAAAUUAAUAAUGAUCAAUUCUUUGAAGGUGUUGAAAAGCUAAUAGAAAUUUGGUUUACACCGGCUAAAAAUGCAGAUUUGAGAAAAAUUACACGCCAACAAUGGGAGAAUGUGCUCAAGAUUGUACGGUGCGAGAUCAUCUCUUUCACACAGAGCGAGCAAGUCGACGCCUAUGUCCUCAGCGAGAGCAGCAUGUUCGUGUCCCGCCGCCGCUGGAUCCUGAAGACCUGCGGCACCACCACGCCGCUGCGCUGCCUGCGCGCCGUGCUAGCCCUCGCGCGCGACGUGGCAGGCCACGCCCGCGUCGACAACGUGUUCUACUCGCGGCGCGAGUUCGCGCGCCCGCUGGCGCAGCUGCGGCCGCACGACAACUUCGACAGCGAGGUGGAACUGCUAGAUUCAUUCUUCGGCGACGGGCGCGCCUACAUCAUGGGUCCGGAGAAGGACUGCUGGUAUCUCUACACACUGCUGCCACUUGAAGGGACAGUAGAUGCACUGGAGAAGGAAGAGCGUAGCGGCCGCGAGGCGGCGAGCGUGCCCUACGAACCAGAUCAGACUCUCGAGAUACUCAUGUCCGACCUGGACCCAGAAGUCAUGGACAUCUUCACACGCGCUGCCUCAGCAGACGCUAAACAAGCCACCAAGGUAUCGGGUAUAGACAAAAUCAUUCCAGGCAUGGUGAUCGAUGAUUUCCUCUUCGAUCCCUGCGGGUACUCCAUGAACGGGCUCGAUAAAGAUGGUUGCUACAUGACUAUCCACAUCACCCCGGAGCGUUCCUGCUCGUACGUGUCAUUCGAGUCCAACUGUCCCGUGUCCAGCUACGAUGACGUCAUAGCUCGCGUGCUGCAGGCCUUCCGCCCGCAGCGCUUCGUGCUCACCGUCUUCGCUACUCCGGAGCCGACAGCCACCGAGCCGCGCUCGCUGAAGCGCUUCUCGUCGCUGAGCGAGUACUCGACGACGGACGCGCACUACUGCCGCUUCGCCAACUACGAGCUGCAGUACGCGCUCUUCGCCAAGUUCCCGAGCUGAGGCCCGCCGACUCCGGCGCGCGAGCUCCACACCCGCACUAGGCACAACUACAGGGACAUCAACAGCAUACUCGCCGUAGCGCCGGACCACUGGGCGGCGGCCUGCAAGCCGCCCCCGCUGCUCGCCCGCCUCGCGCGCGCGCCGGCCGAGCUGCUCCGCGCCGCCUGCGCCGUCGCGCGCGCCUGCCAGCAGCGCGCGUGACCACACAAACCACAAGCGGGGACUCUGCGUCGCAAAUACCAGUGCGAACACUAGUCAUAAACGUAACCGGCGAGAGCGGGGGUCUUCAAACUGCAACCCGUUUGAUGAUCCCCGGCGUGGCGGGGUCACAUUUGCCGCCGGACGCCGAAGCGUCACGUUUCGUCGAAUGUGACCUCUAGAGGAGCGGAGCCCGCCUCGUACGCGGCGUGUGACGGCACGUACGCGACGGCCUCGUGACGUUUCGAAGCCUCGCGCCACCUCAGCUUCGUGUUAGCUCACCCGUAGUGAGCCCCUAGGAGCUUCCCCCGUACGAAAUAGGGACCCGCCGGUCCUUUAAUCCGAUUGUAAAUAUUAGCAUAGGGCGCCGAAGUGACGUAUGUUCCGAAGUGAUUCCCGGGUGAUAUUAUCGUUAGCGGCCCGGGCGGCCGAGUGUCGAUGUAUUUUUUGAAUCGAAUCUUCCGUUAGCGGGCACUCGGGCGCGUUUUCAUGUAGACGUGUAACAUAUCAGUAGCCCCCUAGUGGCGUGUGUAGUGAGCGGCGACGGUGGCGGCCGGAGGACUUUCCAAUCAAAUAAACGAUUUUAUCUCA